CAGUUCAUUUACGUCAAAUCAAAUAUCGAAUCGUAAUUAUAAUGAAUAAAAAAAGUAACGACAAUUUUUUAUCAAAUUUAUACGAAAAAUCCGUAUCUGUUUAGCUCACUUUUAUUUUUUACAAACGAUUUCCAACACUCAUCCUUUCCUUCAUCAAUCAUCAGUAGUAAAUUUAAUAUUAUUCAAUUUUCGACUUUACGCUUAAUUGCAUCCACUAACUCACUUUGCUAAACUGUUUUUUUCGUUGUCACGUCUGUUAAAAAUAGAAAAGACUUGACGGGGCCGUGUAAUUAACAAUACUAAAUAAUUAACAUACCACUUUAAAACAAUUAACGAUCUUUUUUUGUCGACGAUUGGAUCAAGUGAAAAGUGCGGUUAAGAUAAAGAGUAUACUUUUUACAAAUGGGUAUCGUCCGAAAUGAAGUACAUUUAAAUACAAUUAUUCAAGAAUAUCUUAAAAGAAAAUCUUGUUAUGUAGAAGAUAGGUUGUGGAUAAUAAAAAAAUCGUCACUUGGAGGAUUCGGUAUAUUCGCAGAAAGAGAUAUACAAGCGGGAGAAAUAAUAUUUAUAGAUUCACCUGUACUACUCGGACCACGAUGUGUACCAGAUAUUCCUAUACAAUGUACGAUAUGCUAUAGGAAGAUUAAUUUAAUUACGUGUAAUAAAAAUUGUCAUUUGACAAUAUGUAAUUCUUGCGUCGAUUCCGAUAUACAUUCUAAUGAAUGUAAUUUAAUUAGAAAGUUGAAAACCAAUAAAGAUUUUAAAGAGGGGGACAAAGAAAAGCUUACGAAAUGUUUAACGCCUCUAAGGUCUCUAAUUUUGAACGAAGAAGAUUUGAAAGUAGUGAGUAUUUUAAAAUCUCACAGAGGCGAUCAACACGGAAAAGAAGUGGAUAUAUUGACGGAACAAUUGGGAUUAAAUAUAACAGAAGAAGAGAAAAAAUUUAUGUAUUUCGUAUGUACGGUAUUAGACGCUAAUGCAUUCGAAGUUUUGACCGACGUCGAAGAUAAUAUGAACAGCGUAAGAGGUUUAUAUCCUUUGGGAAGUUUGGCAAACCACAGCUGUUUCCCUAACGCUUUUCACGUAUUUGGCGAAAAACAUAAAAUGAUCGUCAGGGCUGGGGUUUUUAUACCGAAAAAUUCAGAAAUUUUUCACGCUUAUACAAGACUUUUAUGGGGCACAAUAACCAGAAAGUUUCAUUUGAAAAAUUCGAAACAUUUCAUCUGCAAAUGCGAAAGAUGUAUGGAUCCGACUGAAUUCGGUACGUACAUGACCGCCAUCUAUUGCGAAAAAUGUAAGGGAAAUUUGUUACCGCAAAAAACGUCUAGUUGGCAAUGCGAAAUUUGCAAUUCCAAACAAAAUGUCGGUAGAAUUUUAACCAUGAUCGGGUCUGUCUUAAACGGUUUCGAAGCCGACGAUUUCGAUCGUAUGCAUACGUUUUUAAAUAAAAAGCUGCCGUUAUAUAUGCCGCAGACGAACCAAGUGGCCGUAGAACUUAAAUAUAAGAUUAUUUGGAUUUUGGGAUAUAGAAGCGGAUAUUUAUGGGAAAACUUGCCUUCUCGUUUGAUACUUCUUAAAAAGCGGUAUUGUCAAGAUAUCUUGGAAUUAAUAAAAAAAUUACGAACUGGUAAAUGUAAAACUAGAGGGUUAUUAUGUUACGAGUUAUAUUUGUGCAACAAAGAAUUAAAAUCAAGAGAUGAUACUGAAGGUUGGGAUGGUGAAAAUAUCACGGAAACUUACUUGCUGGAAGCUGUGGAUAUUUUAAAAUACGAUAUAGGUGCUCCGGAUCUUAUUAAAGAAAAAAAAGCACAACUAAAUGGUUAUUAGUUACCACGUAACAAAUAUUUGCAAUUCAUUUUAGUUACGAGGGUCGUUUGAAAGAAAUUAUGUCUGAACAGGUAGAAAGAAUGCAUCGAAGAACGAAAAGUGUUACAAGAGCCGAAGAAAUACAAGCUGAAGAACAGAAAGCUAGAAAAAAUCAGCCUGAUAAACC